AUGUUGUCCACAAUCAAGCCGAGGAAGAGGUUCGUUCUGUGUGUUUGUGUGUUGGCCGCGUUCAUUUCGUCGCUGGCUCUUGUCCUUCGCCACCUUCCCCAGCGGUAUUCCUUUGUCCCCGAACACCAGCAGCGCCAACGGACGGCGGGGGCGCGGAUCUGCGUCCUCCUCUGGACGCAGGUGCGCUCCGGCUCCACCUUCACCGGUAGCAUCCUGACAACGGGGAUAUCGACCUUCUACUCGGAAGAACCGAUACGAGCACACAAUGCCACUCUGCCGAAGGGUGUCAACGCCUCCACGCUUUUGCUCAAGGACAUACUGCACUGCCGCUUCGCUCACCGACCGAAAUAUUUCAAGGAGCAUAUAUGGAUGCAUUCGCAAGACCUGCGGAUCAGAGCUCUUUGUGAACUGGAUAAAAGCUUUUGCUCUUUGCCCGCCACCUUCGAGGCCUUCUGCCGCGCCUCGCAGGUCGGGGUGGUGCGUGUGGUGGGCGUGGCUCUGCACGAGGCUGUGCCGCUCCUGGAAGACGAUUCCCUCGACGUGCGGGUGAUCCACCUCGUCCGCGACGCCCGAGCUGCCAUCGCCUCCAGGAGAGGCUUCCCGCCAGGCUACUUCUACGAAGCGGAGACAAACGCAUCGCUGGCGUGUGCGAGGUACAGGCAGGAUUUGGCCGCAGUCCCCACGAUUCUCCAACGUUACCCAGACAGAUACCUGCUGGUGCGGUACGAAGACCUUGUCCUCCAGCCGGAGAGGGAGGUGCGACGGCUUUACAAAUUUGCGGGUCUCCCUUUCACUGCCUCCGUCGCCAAAGUCCUGUUCCAGCGCACCUCCGGCUUGGACGACACCUGGGAACUCCAGCAUCCGUUCACCAUCAGCAGAAAGUCGUCGGAGAUGAUGGAUCGCUGGCAGAAGCAACUCGAUUAUCGGGACAUGCUGGCGAUACAGAGGGAGUGCGAUGACGUCCUGAGGGCUUACGGCUACAGAGUGUUUGCCAGCUCUGAAGAAUACGCGGGGCUGGGGGCGCUCGCUCGUGGCCGGGGGCUGAGGCAGGUCUAA